GUAUAGCCGAGAGUAGUGAGGGAAAGAAUGAUUUGCCUGAAGAAGUUAGUCUGUUCACGCCAUCGUUGGUAAGACCGAAGGUCAAGCCAGAGCCGCCGGAGAGUUUAGUAAAUGCAUCAGAUGCUGCUCAGAAUGAGAAAAUAUUAUAUUUAGAUAUGGGGGCAACUGGUGGAGUAAGUUCGACGCUGGAGAAUAAGUUGGAAUUGAAGACGUCGAAGAAGAUUGGGCUGAAUAAGAAGCCCAUGACCGUCAAGGAGCUGUUUGAGACUGGCUUGCUCGAUGGGGUGACUGUAGUUUACGUGGGUUGCAAUAAGUUUCAAGCAUCUGGUCUUCGCGGCACAAUUAGAGAUGGGGGAAUUUUGUGCUCGUGUACUUCCUGCAAUGGAUGCAGAGUUGCUUUCCCAAGUCUUGUGUGGCAAGAAUAGGGCUCCUAUGCAAUUCAUGUGUUGCCUUACAGGAAUGUCACGGUACCCCCCAAAUAGUGAGGAUGCUAAAAUAAUCGGGUCGCCAAAACGAGUUCCCUUCUCAAAGAACUCCAAAAGUGCUUCUGCAUGUUUUCCAUCACAAAAUAAAAGACCUUGGAAGAUAACAACUAAUGCUGCUCUUGGGAAGAUCUUGACUACGGACAACUUGAGACCUUGGAAGAUAACAACUAAACCAUCAAAAUCAAUUAUGAUCUCGAGGUCCUCCAAAAGUGCUUCAUUGUCUAUUCCUUCGCAAAAUAAGACUAAAUGGAAAAUAACAACAAAAGAUCAACGGUUGCAUAAGUUGGUUUUUGAGGAAGGUGGAUUGCCUGAUAGAAGUGAAGUGGCAUAUUAUGCACGUGGUCAGAAAUUGCUUGAGGGCUAUAAAAUGGGCUUUGGUAUAUUGUGUCGUUGCUGCAAUAGUGAGGUCAGUGCCUUACAGUUUGAAGUUCAUGCUGGCUGGGCAUCUCGAAGGAAACCUUAUGCAUACAUUUACACAUCCAAUGGGGUAUCUCUCCAUGGAUUGGCGAUAUCUCUCUCAAAAGGCCGCAAGUAUUCUGCCAAGGAUAAUGAUAACCUAUGCAUCAUUUGUGCAGAUGGGGGGAAUCUUUUGCUUUGUGAUGGAUGCCCGAGGGCCUUCCACAAAGAAUGUGCAUCUUUAAGUAGUAUUCCUCGUGGUGAUUGGUACUGUACAUAUUGCCAGAAUAUGUUCCAACGAGAAAAAUUUGUGGAGCAUAAUGAAAAUGCUGUUGCAGCUGGAAGGGUUUCUGGAAUCGAUCCAAUAGAACAGAUAACUAAGAGAUGCAUCCGUAUUGUUAAAAACAUAGAAGCUGACCUUAGUGGAUGUGUGUUAUGCAGAGGUUAUGAUUUUAGCAAAUCAGGGUUUGGGCCGAGGACAAUUUUACUUUGUGAUCAGUGUGAGAUGGAAUUUCAUGUCGGCUGUUUGAGGGAUCACAAAAUGGCAUAUCUGAGGGAAUUGCCAGAAGGGGAGUGGUUCUGUAGCGUUGAUUGUACCAGGAUAAGUUCUACUUUGCAGAAGUUACUAGUAAGAGGAGCUGAGAAGCUCCCGGACUCUCUUUUGGAUGUUAUAAAGAGGAAGCAAGAGGAACAAGGUUUAGACUCCAUUAAUGACAUGGAUGUUAGAUGGAGGCUUCUUCGUGGCAAAAUUGCAUCUCCUGAAACUAGGUUUUAUCUUUCAGAGGCUGUUGCCAUUUUCCAUGAUUGCUUUGCCCCUAUAAUAGAUUCAAUUAGUGGACAGGACCUUAUUCCAGCUAUGGUUUAUGGAAGGAACACAAGGGGCCAAGAAUUUGGGGGAAUGUACUGUGCAAUAUUGAUGGUCAACUCAUUCGUCGUAUCAGCUGGAAUUCUUCGAGUUUUUGGUCCAGAAGUUGCAGAACUCCCUUUAGUUGCAACAAGUAAAGGUAAUCAUGGAAAGGGCUACUUCCAAAUCUUGUUUUCCUGCAUUGAGAAGCUGCUGUCUUUCUUGAAUGUGAAGAACCUUGUCCUCCCUGCCGCUGAAGAAGCAGAAUCCAUAUGGAAGGAUAAAUUUGGUUUUGAGAGGUUGAAACCUGACCAGCUUAGGAAAUACAGCAGCUGCUGCUGUCAGAUGGUGACCUUCAAAGGAACAUCCAUGCUUCAGAAAAUGGUUCGUCAAUGUCGAGUCAUGACAGUUGAGUGAAGAUGCCUUUUUUUUUUACCCUAGCUGUUGGUUUUUGUAUGUCUUCGGCUUGUACUUAAUGAAGUUACUUUUUCAAAGAAUUAAUAUUCUCCCCCUUUUAAAGAAUUUUUUCAAAUUUCGAGGGGUUGUUUAGUUGGUCAAGUUUUGAGUUUACUUCUCAAUAGACAUCAAUUCGAGUCAUCUCAAGGUUAUUGGAAAUUUAUCUGUUCGUUAAUUUCAAAGCUCAUGAGAUUAGUCGAGGCGUGUGCAAACUGGCCCAGACAUUCACAGAUAUUUAAAAAAAAGGAAGAAGAAGAAGAAGAAUAGCAUACAAGCUGGUGCAAACAGAGUUUGUGCUGAACAUCAUUUUUUUUUUUUUCUCUCUCUUUUGAAGUUGAGAAAAAAAUGGAAGUAAAGAACGAAAAUGUUGCCCAACACGCCGGAAGGGCUACUACUAGAUGGAUGGUAAGCAGGAUUAAGCAUAAUAUCCUUAGCAUUAUUAAUAUGGCAGAAGUAAAAGACAGCCGUCAUCGAUUACAAAAAAGAAGACGGCUACUUAAGUUUUCAGUCUCAUCAUGGUAUGGGGAUAUUUGUUUGUCAUCAAUUAUGUAUCCUAUCAACGGUCAUAAAUCACUAUAGUUUAUUUUAAUUAGCGAAUUGGGAACAAAAACAUCUGAAUGAA